UUUGGUAGAAUAGUGUUUUUGCUGCUGGUGCUUUUGAGGCAUGAGAGAAAAAAAAGAUAUAAUCGCCGAGGUCUACUCGACCUGGUCCCAACAAAUUUUAAAACAUAAAAACUGAAAUCACCCUGGAAACUGUUUCAAAACAUUUUAACAAUUUGGAGCCAUGGUCUGACCACUCCCUGGGGAAACACUCAAGGAUACAUUUUGACGAACAGACGUACAGACACACACACACACACCCCUGUGGUGAUGUCGGAGGUGGAGGAAUGUACGUCGGUUUGGAAGUGGCUGUCCCUGUUGCACCUGGAGCAGUAUUUCCCGGCAUUCCAAGCUGCAGGGUUGGGAUCAUUAUCGGAAUGCCAAGGGCUGACCCAGAAUCAGUUGGAGAUGAUCGGAAUCUCACUACCCGGUCACCGGCGACGCAUCCUGGCCAGCCUGCAGAAAACCGGACAAAUAACGGCACCUGGAACGCCUCUUAUGCACGCUGACCCGGAGAGAGGGCAGGACGUCCGUCAGUCUCAACCACCUUCAGAGGGAAGGCCCUGGGACGCAGCCAGACCCACGGACCCCGGGACAUCGGCGUCACACGGAGAGCGUCCCGUCCCCAAGGAGAGAGCCAUAUCCAGAGACGGAGAGAGAGAAGGGGCGGGGGACGGAGAGCGAAAGAGACCGGUGCCUAAAGAGAGGACUAAGUACCGGUCUGUCCCCUUGGAGAGUUGUGGCCUGCCGGGCCCGCGUCCUAACCCCGCCCCCCGCCCAAACGCUCCCCAGGAUUCCCCCCUGCCCCCCAUCCCCCCUCGGAGCACACCCAACUGCCCCCCGCUGUGCUUCGUCUCCGGCGGCAAGUCUGGUCCGCCAGGCGCGUCUGUGUCGGAAGGCAACCCCCUGACUGUGCCCCGGCCUGCCCCAAGACCCCGCCCCAAAUCCCUAGCCCUCACCCCACCCGCCAGACCGCCACGACAUGCAGGGGACGGAGGGAGAAAGCCGUCCCCCGUCUCCCCCUCUUCAUUCUUGGUCGAGCACCACGGCUGUUUGUCUCCUGACCGCGGAGCCCCCCCUCUUCCCCCUAAAGCCUACGUGGUGGGAGGGGGCCCUAAAGAGCCUAACAGCCCUCCUCCUAUCCCCAGCCGGCAGCCUGCCCUGCCCCCCAGGACCACACCCACGAACAGCGAUGCUCCCGUCGAUGAACCACAAACAGACCGGACGCCACAAGCCCCGCCAAGGACCAGGGUGCCCCAGACAGCGAUUACUUCACCCCUCGACACGCAUCCCACUUUGCCAAUUAGAAGGGUUCCCCAGCUCCCUGAAAUAGGCCAAAUGUCUGGUGAAAGUUCAGAUGACUACGAAGAUCCAGACCUAGUCCUCCUUGAUCGCAAAUCUGUGACCAUGGCAGACAAGGACGCGUUCCUGCCGGUGCCAAGAGUCAAGGGGCGCUACAGCUCACUCUGCAGUGAUGAUGAGUUGCUGGACAAUGACAACGAGCUGCUUGGCGACCGUCGGAGCUCGUGGCAGGACUAUGGUCUAAGUACGCUGCAGGGAAGUGUCUACCUUCCGGUCACAGGCUGUGUUUCAUCACCUCCCCCUAGAGAUAGUCCCUCCCCCUCCCCAUCUCCCGUUCUGAAGAUGGGAUGGCUGGAUAAGAACCCACCCCAGGGGUCCCUGUAUUAUCAGAGGAGAUGGGUGAAGCUGGAUGUGGACUACCUGAGAUACUUUGACAAUGACAAGGAAGUGUACUCUAAGAGGGUCAUACCAACUUCUGCCAUUACGGGUGUGACCAAUGUGGGGGAGCAGAAGUUUGAGGUUGUCACCACCAGCCGGACCUUUCUCUUCAGAGCAGAGAGCGACUCUGAAAGAAAUGAGUGGGUGUCAGUUCUGCAGGACUUCACUGUGGUGCACCAUGAAGGCAGUAGGGAGAGGAUUUCAUCGACUCCAUCGUACCUUUUGACCCCUGAACAUCAGGGCUACCUAGAACUGAGGGGCCUCCGCUCCAAACUGUAUACUGUUGUGUCCGGAGACAAGGUCUUCCUCUACAAGAACUUGGAGGACUACCGGCUUGGCAUUGGUAUCACAUCCAUCGACAUGAACGUUGGAAAUGUAAAGGACACUGACCGCCGCAGCUUUGACCUUACCACCCCCUACCGCAUCUUCAGUUUUGUAGCGGAUUCAGAGCAGCAAAAGGAUCAGUGGAUAGAAGCGAUGCGUGACUCAAUCGGAGAGGCUCUGUCCAAUAGUGAGGUGUCAAAUCGAAUCUGGGCGGAGCCUAGCAACGGAUUCUGUGCCGAUUGUAGCGCCACCAAACCUGAGUGGGCUGCCAUCAACCUAUGUGUGGUGAUCUGCAAACGCUGUGCAGGAGAGCACCGGGGUUUGGGUCCCAGCAUCUCUAAAGUGCGAAGUCUAAAGAUGGACCGGAAAGUGUGGACAGAGGAGCUCAUACAGGUGUUCCUGACUCUAGGUAACGAGCGUGUCAACGGAUUCUGGGCGGCAAAUGUUCCGCCCAGCGAGGCGCUGAGUCCGGCCAGCUGCAGUGAAGACCGCCGCCUGUUCAUCAGUGCCAAAUACAGACAAGGCAAAUACCGCAGAUACCACCCCCUCUAUGGUAACCAGAAAGAACUCAACAACGCCCUGUGUAUUAAUGUCCAGUGCAGUGAUGUGCUGGAGACCUUGUGCCUGUUAUUCUGUGGAGCUGAUGUGAACCACCCGACUGGCCUGGCUGACUGCCCGUCCCCCGUGUCCCUGGCCCUCGCCCACAACCAGAAACUGCAGGCCGAGUUCCUCUCGCACAAUCUAAACACGGAGCUGCCGCGGCUGGAGGUCGUUGGGCUCAUGGAGCCACAACACUACUCACCACAGCACUCCGUCACCCACAAUGGCUUCCUGUACAAGACUGCUUCCAUGGCACGACAUGUCAUGGAGCGCAAGGCCAAAGAGGAGUUCAGCCGUCGCUGGUGCACAUUGAAUGAUGGGAACUUUAGUUACUACGAGAGUGACAAGAAUUCUACACCCAAUGGAAUCCUGAAGUCUACAGAGAUAGUCUGUCUGGCUGUCAACAAACCAGAGACUCAUGGGUUUGAGUACACAUUUAAGCUGUACUCUGAUUCUGAGCGUCUCUAUCUGUUUGGCACUGACGAUCCAGACAGUCACAAGGAGUGGGUCAAAUCCAUCAGCAAGGCGUUUAUUCCGUCCAAUGCAGAGGCUCUGUUGAGGCUGGGCUUUGAGCGAAUUGGGCGGCUAAAAUAUAAGGAUGGGCUUAAUCUACAGAGCCCACGGGUUGGUUGGUUCGCUCUGGUUGGCUCCUCCCUCCAUGCCUACCUGGAGGACAGCGAGGUAGAGGAAGAGAUAAACCUACGCAAACUACAGGAACUCUCAAUCCAGCAGGAGAAUGAGGUGCUGGUUCUGGUGGAAAGAGGAAGGACUCUGUACAUGGAGGGGGAGAGGAAGCUGGACUUCCAGGGCUGGUGUGAAGCUAUCCAGAGAGCGGCUGGCAGUGCCGGAGACUCUCUUGGUCUGCAGCAACUUACCGAGAUGGACAUCCCAGUUAUUGUGGAUCGCUGCAUAGACUACAUCACGCAAUGUGGCCUGACUUCCGAGGGGAUUUACCGUAAGAGCGGGGUGAACAGCCGCGUGGCGGCGCUGUGUGAGGCGUUUCGGCGGGAUGCCCGUAGCGUGCGCCUGAAAGAGGGGGAACACCAGGUGGACGACGUGUCCAACACGCUCAAGCGCUUCUUCAGAGAGUCCGGAGAAGGCCUGUUCACCAUAGAGGCAGCAAGUGCAUGGCUCAACACACCCGUGGUUCCAGAUGAAAGCAAGAAGAUCUCUGAGUACCAGCUCCUACUGAGUCGCCUGCCCAGAGUCAACAAGGCCACGCUACGAGCCCUGGUCAAUCAUCUCUACUGCGUGCAGCGGUUUGCGGAUCUGAACCAGAUGAAUCUCCAUAACCUGGCCAUAGUGUUUGGCCCAACACUGUUCCAGACCGACGGGAAGGACUACACCGCUGGCCGUGUCGUUGAGGAACUCAUAGAGCACUACACAGACAUCUUUGAGGUGGAUGAGCAGCAACUGAAGAGGCAGUUGGACGAGAUCACGGCCAUCAUUAAAGUUCGGGAAAAGCUGAACCAGAACUCCAACAACCCAGCGUCAGGGUCAGCUGGGGAUUUUAUCUGUACAGUUUACCUGGAGGAGAAGAAGGAGACUGCAGAGCAGCACGUUAAGAUCCCUGGUUCAAUGACUGCUGCAGAGCUGACCUGUGAGAUCCUGGACCGCCGGAAGAUUACAGUCCGAGAUAAAGACUACUGGAGCUGCUGGGAAGUCAGUGAGAAGGAUGAGACUGAGCGUCCGCUGCAUCACUUAGAGCGCGUGUUACCCAUCCUGCAUUCCCUGGGGACCGACUCACACCUGCUGGUCAAGAAACACGUCGCCAUGGAGGCCAUGCUCGUCUACCUGGCCAGUAAAGUGGAUGUGUCCAAGCACGGGAUAGUCAAGUUCCGAGAGGAGAGGAGCAUUCUGGGUUUGGGGCUGAAUACUGGCAGCUUCCAUGACCGCUACUUUAUCCUCAACUCCAUGUGCCUCAGGAUGUACAAGGAAGUGAGGAGUAAUCGCCCGGAGAGGGAGUGGCAAGUGAAGAAUCUAAAGGUCUAUUUAGGCAUCAAGAAGAAACUACGACCACCCACAUGUUGGGGUCUGACGGUGGUCUAUGAAAGUGAAAAACAAGACAAGCCAGAGAGGCAACAAUGGUAUUUGUGUUGUGAUACUCAGAAUGAAUUGAGGGAGUGGUUCUCCACCUUUCUCAGUAUCCAGUAUGACGGUAACAUGUGGCCUGUGGACUCGGUCCCGACACGCGUGUCCCGUGCGGUGGACACACGGCACGGUAACGUGGCGUUGAUUCCUUUGCGUGGCAGCGAGAAUGAGAUGCGGAACAGCGUUGCAGCUUUCACCGCCGACCCGCUUGGUCUCUUUAGAGAUGUCUGAUAAUGUGGCCUGACAAAAAGCAGAGACGACCACCAGCUGUAGAACCCACGGACUCUUCCAAACAUUCCAUUAACAGCAACUCUAGGACCUGAAUAACUACACCCACACACACACACACACCCCUAAACGGGGUUGGCAUCACAAGGAGAGAGAGACUCUGUGUCUUUUAAGAAUGCCUGGUAACCGUGGCUACGCAGACGGGCAGGAAACACUCCAGCUAUUGGCUGAAAGACUGAGAGAUGAAGAACACUGGGAGUACGUCGUUGUUACUGAUGCAGCUCGUCUGUCUGUCCCUCAGAGACGCCCCUGAGACCUUAGGAUGGCUGGAGCUAAUGGGAUGACGGUCACUGACGCCCAACCUUCACUGUCCCCCCCCACAUCCCAAACACACUGUCCCCCCGCAUCCCAAACACACUGUCCCCCCCACAUCCCAAACACACUGUC